CAUGGUGGUGAAAGAAGAAUGGUUGAUUAAAUUGAUAGAGAUUUUGAAUUGGUAUCUUACAAUUCUCAUCCAUAUUAAUUGUUUACCUACUCUGUUUGGAAUUAAUAUUUAGCCAAUCAACAAGAAGCUUAUGAAUAGAGAAAGAAUGGUGGCUAGGCAAUUGAGGAUCAAGUGAUCGAUCACAUUAG